AUGAUCCAGCGAGGGUUGCAACGGCGUGCGGAAAUCGCUGCAGCAGAAUACCCCCUCGAGGUGGAGGAGGUAUCUGUUGGGGAUCUCGAUCUUCAUAUUGCUGUUAGUCGACCGUGUCUACUUCCCCCAGUUCUAGCAGUAAGCUCCGCGCAGAUAUUAAACGAAGUCAAGGAUAUCGUUGUUCCCGUCGCAAGAACGCCCUUUGGAAAUGCAGACGCUCCGUUGGGGGAUCUGUUUGUGAAGCCUUACAUUCAGCAAAUGUCUGUUGCUGAGCUUUUGACGGCUAUUAGAACUCAGGCUGAAAAUUCACAUUACUACAUGCAAAGCCAGGAUGACAACCUGAAUCGUGAGUUUGCACAAUUGCCCGAGUCUAUUAUACCCAAAAAACUCAAUUUACCAGGUACAAAACUGCUAGGACCCACUGAGGCAGUAAAUCUAUGGAUUGGAGCAGCAGGAACUACCUCACGUAUGCACAGCGAUAACUACGACAAUAUUUACGUUCAAAUCCAGGGUACGAAACGUAUGUGGCUAGUUCCUCCCGGGGAAGUGGACUGCUGUAAAGAAAAGUUCCUCAAAGCUGCCACUUAUGACCUACAAGAUGAAAAGUUUGUUAUCAAAAUAGACGAACCUCCAUCAACGCCCUGA